CACGUUCCCUCAACAAAUAUGAAAGUGAUACUGUGCCUGCUGGUCAUUGCAGUGACGACGGCUCAGGCCAUCGAUGUCCAUCAAUGUGGUGGAGAGUUUCAGAGUCCCAUCAGGGUCACCAUCCCGGGUUGUGAUGUGAUGCCGUGUGAAAUCCCGAACCAGACGGAUAUGUCAUUUGAGGUGUUGUUCGCUCCUUCGUUUCCGACCAGCACCCUAGCCGUUAAUGUGACGGCCACACUCGGUGAUUUUAAUCUCCCGUACGAAACUCCGGAUCAUCUGCGGAACGGUUGCGACAACAUAGAUGCCAGUUGCCCACUGGUCACCGGGCAGGAAGUAACCCUGAAGGGAACAGCUCCGGUGGAGGCACCCCUGACGAAUGUUACCGUUCGGAUGCGAUUCGAAAUCGAUGGCGACGAUGAUCGAAGUGUGAUUUGUUUCGCGGCUGACGUAAGGCUGGUAUGAACCACUAGUGACAGUUACAAGUUUGUGGAUUAAAAUUUUCUAUCACAUUUUACAUCGAUCCGAAUUGAUCGUUCUGAACUCUAAUUGACAUUUUUAUUGACAAAUGAUUCAUAUAAACGGA